AUGAAAUUUAUAAUAUUUGAAUAGUUGUCUUGUUUAGCGCAUUUACCUCAUAAUACCUAACCCUCUGAGUUCUGGAUUAUAUUUGUUGCUUUUAUUACAAAUCUUUAAUACCUUGCUAUUAUGUUACCUUUUAAUGGUUGGAAUUUGUGGUAAUACAGCAAUGGACACUUUUACUUAUUAUCAAAGAUUGCUUAAGCUUCACUUAUUAUACCUUUUUGUUUUGAAUCUAAUUUUAAUUUUGGAGAUGUAGCAUUUGGUUUUGUCAUUCUACUUCUAAUCACUUUUGUGACAAUUAUUAUUAUCUUAGUGAUACUGGGAAUAUAGGAUGAUAUGAAUCCUCUUUAACAUUAUUCACUUAGAAAAUUUAUUUUCUAUUUCUUUGUACUUAGUACUACUAUAUUUUAAUUUCCAAUCCUUUUUAUACUUAUAUCCUUUAUAACGAUAGGAAGAACCCAAUUUAAUUAAGAGUUAACAAUUUUUAAUGUAAAAAGUAUUUUGAGUCUAAUAACAUUAUUCAUAUUCUCAAUAUUUGUAUUUUUGUAACAAUAUUUUUUAAGAGCGUAUACAUUUGUACCUUUUAAUUAUUUAUAACAAAAGUUUAAUGGAUUACAAUCAAUUUAAUAUAGUAUUUCUAUUUUAAUAACAAUUUUGUACCUAGUUGAUUAUGAUACAAUAAUCUAAUAUAUUUAAAUACUAAUAUUAUUUUUGGGAUUACUUUUAAGAUUGACAGAAUCAUUUUUUAUGAAACCAUCAAUUCCUAAUGUUAAUUUAUUAUAAUUUUCAUUUAAUUUUACUCUCAUUAUAAUCCUAAUUGUAUUAAGCAUAAAUAUAUUAACAAAUAAUUAACAAAUAUUUUAAGAAGAUCAAUUAAUUUAUGUUAUAAUGUUAUUAGGUCUAAUGGCAUUUCAUUUAAGUUAUUAAUUCUAUAAUAAAAUAUGUUUAUCAGUCUUUGAUAAUGAAGUAACUCCAUUUACUUGUAUUCAUUAUACUUAAGAGAUGCAUUUCAAAUAUUUAAUAACUAAUGAAAAUUAAAAAAACAAAGAAUUCUUUUAACUUUAUUUAUAUUGGAAAGGACAUAAAGUAGUUUGUUAAAAACAUUGGCUUAAGUAGAAUUAUAGAACUGAUUAUAAUUAAAUUUAAAGAACUCAUCAAACUAUAUUUUGUAUUCUAAAUACAGAAUUAGAAAGAGCAUAAUAGGAUUCCAAAACAACUUAUGAAGAAUUAUAAUUAUUAUAUAUAAGUUAUGUAGCUUAAUUCUGCAAAAAGCCACUUUUAGCUUAUGUAGAAUUAAAACGAUAUCAAAGUAAAUAAUAAAUUCAAUCUUUUUAUUUUGUUUCAAUUAGAUAUUAAAUGAGUGUCUAUCUUUAAAAUUUAAUAAAAAAUUAAUAAUAAACUAAUUAAUAAUUAUAUGGAUAAUAAAAAGUGGCUAUUACUGAAAGACAAUUAAGUAUUUAAUCAAUUUUUGAUGCUCUCUAAUUUCAAGAUGAAUUUAUUCCUAGAGUAAUUGAAUUAUUAAAUGAUAAGAUUAAUUUUUGGAAUAGACAAAUCAAAGGAUUUAAUAAUAUUUAUGAAUUAGAACGAUUAGCUAUAAAUUAAAGCAAGAAAAUCUUUAAUUUAGCUAAUCAAAUAAAUUAAUAUUGUUCAAUAGAUAUUAAGAAUCUAGAUCAUUUAUCAAUUUCUAAUAAUGUAUAAGAUUUGAAAUUGAUAUCCAUUUUCUGUAGUUCUAUAAUGAAUGAUUAUUAUAGCACUUAAAUGUGUGAAACAGCAAUUACUGAAGUAUAUAAUAUUGAACAUACUCUAUAAGAAGAUACAUUAACAAAUUUAUCCUUUAUAUAAGAAAGAGCAAUUAUUUUAAUGAUAAGUUUGGUUAAGAAUAGAGGUAGGAUAAUUAAUCAAGAUAAGAAAAUGAUUUCAUAAUUUUUUAAUUAUAGUGAAUAAGAAUUUGCUUAGAUAGAUAAUAUAUCAGGUUUGAUGCCUAGUUUUUUUGCAGAGAAACAUGAUAAAUUAUUAUUAAAUUAUUUGUAAACUGCAAGGUCUCAAUUUUUUGAUGAUUUUAAUUAAGUAUUUGGUUAAUCAAAAGAGGGAAUGAUAAUUUCAUAUUAACUUAAAUUUGAUAAUAAUUUUAGUGAAUUAGAUGAUUAUGUUUUGAUUGGUUGUUUAUCAUAAGUUAAGAAAUCAGCAGAUUAUUUACUUUUUGGUGAAGAUGGAUUUUUAAUUGGAAUGACUGAGAAUUUUAAUUCUACUAUUAUCAAUUCUAAAGAUUAAUCAUAUAAAAUAUUAAAUGAUAAUUUAAGUCAAUUAAAUGCUUUUUUUAUAAUUCCUAAUAUGAUGGAUAUAUUGAAUGAAUUAAAGAAUUCAUAUGGAAAAGACUCUAUUUAUGUUUAAUAAGACAAGUUUUAUAAAAUAUGGAAAUAUAAUAAUAAUAAAGAUUUAUAUGAGAUGUCUAUUAAGUUAGGAUAUUCAUCUAAAUAAAAUUCAUUUAUAAAUGAUAGUAGUUUAUUUAAAUCUCGUGCCUCUUUUGCUUCAAUUGAAAAAGAAAAGGCUGACAUUCAAAUAUACUAGUAACUAGGAUAAUCAGUAAGUGGCAAUAAACAAUUAAAAGGAAUUUCAAUCUUAUAAGCAUUAACAAUCUACAGUAGUGCAUUUAAUAACUAAUUAAUGAAUUCAUUAUAAGUUUUAGAAGUAAAGUAAUAUUAUUUAUGUUUAGAGUAAAGCUAAGCAACAAUAUAUUGCUAAAAUUAGUAUAGUAUACAAAAUAAUAGGAAAAAAGGAGAACAAGAAGAGUUAUUUUAUUUUGGAAAUUAAUGAUUUAAGAAAGGCUGAUGAAUUAUUUAAGACUAAUGAAUCCCUUAUAAAUAAUUAACAUACUUUUUCAAUUUAGACUACAAACAAAGGUAAUAUACCUACAAUUUAAGAUCCAAGUGAAAGUUACUUGGGAUCUUUAAAUGUAGAUAAAGAAGAAGUUACACCUCAUAUGUCAAAAUAAUUCUAACAUGGAUUUGCAAGACUUUUAAGUAAAUAUGAAGGUAAGAAUUAACCAUAACAGAAUUAUAUGGAUUUAUUAGGAAUGGAAUCAGCAAGAGAUAGCAUCAGUUAUGGGCCUUUAUCUUAAAGAAUUAAUUUCAUUAGUCCAUCCUCUAAAUAAUAGCAUAUGUAGGAAUUAAUAGAUAAGGACUUUAUGGACUUAUAAAAUUAAUUGGAAGUAGGUAAUGAUGAUAUUGGAAAUGAGAUUGAAAUUGCUGAUUCAUCCAAAGUCAAAAGUAAUAGUAAAGAUCAAAAUUAAAAGAGUAAUAAUCUUAUGGAGAUAUUAUAAAAUAAUAAAUUAAAUUAAAAAAAUGAAGAUAUAGAAAGAGAUGCAAAGAAAUCAAAAUCAAGUAUUACAUCUGGAACUUCAGGAAUAUCUGCAAUUACUACAAUAAAGAAAUUUUAAUCAAAAACUGAAAUGACAAAUAGUUUAAAGGUUCUUGUAAUUAUUAAUAUAAUUAUCAUAAUGAUAGUUCUUGCUUAUAUAAUUGCACAUUUAAUGAUGAUUUCAUCUUAUAAUAAUGAAACUUAAUUAACACUAUCAAAUAUCAAUGGUCCUACAAUAUUUAAUAGAUAUUUCUUUAAAGUCUUCACCUACACAUGGAGUUUGGUUUUCAACAGUCUUGGAAUAAUUGAAAGUAGUGAUUAUUUGAUUACUUAAACAAUUUCAGAAAUGGGAGAUUUAGCAUCAGUUAUUUUUGAUAAUUUAAGGAAUAUGUAUGAUACUUUUAUUGGAAUAGAAUAAUCAGGAAUGCUUAGUUCUAUAAACUUAGAUUUUCUAUAUUAAAGUAAUGAAAAUGUUACAUAUACAUAUUUUAUCAAUAUCAUUUCUAAUGUGGCUGAUACAUUAUUUCAAGCUCUUAAUUAUAACAUAUAAACUUUAAUUUAAUUGAUUGAUAGAAAUUAUUUAGAUAAUUUAUUGAUGCUUAGAUAUAAUUUAAAAAAUGUUGUGGAUAUGAAUUUUUAAUUAAUAGAUUCACUUAAUGAAUUAUUUUUUGUAUAAUAAUAAGAUUAGAUUAAAGAAUUUUAAACUUAAAUUAUAAUUGAAAUAAUAUUAUUGAUUUUAGUAAUAAAUAUUUAAUUAAUCUAUUGGAAAUAAAUAGAAUAAUAUGGUUAAUAAAUAUUGAUAUUAGUUGGAAGACUGUAAUUGAAUUAAGCAUAAGAAAUGAUAACCAGAUUUACAGCAGUUACUGAAACAUUAAAAUAAUUAUCUGGAAAAUAUGGAUGGAAAAAGUAAAAUUAUUAUAAAUUACUUUUCUUUCCCUUAAAUUAGAUAGGAAUUGAAGCUAUGUAAACAUAAUCUAGAGUUCUUAAAGAAUAUUAAUUAUCUUAAGUUGGUGUAUAAUCAAUUAAACUUAAUCAUAUGAUAGAAGAUAGAAAAAAUUAUAAAAAAAAUCUAAAUGUAGUGCUCAAUUCAAAAAUUAAUAAUACUAGUACUAAUAUAUGGAGUGCAACUAUUAUCAUUAUUAUAACUUGUAUUUUCUUUUUAUUUUAUCUAUUAGGAGGUUUUUUAUUAUUUAAAUAAUAAUAAAAUGAUUUAUUACCAACAUAAUAAUUGACACUUAGUUUUAUUCGUUUUACUUCUCAAUUAGAUAUAGUAGUUAGCACAGCAUUUAUUACUAAGACUUAACCAAUUUUAUAUAACAAAUUAGUUGAUUUGAAUAUAUAUUCAGAUUAAGAAAUUGAAACUUUUAGGGAUUAGCGUGUAAUCAUUAAAAUCUUUAUUUCCCUUUAUUCAAACUAUUUUGAAAAUAUUACUUAAAUUUAUUAAAAUAUAAUUGAAUCCAAUAAAAUAUCAUAGGAAGAUGAAAAAAUCUUAUUGAAUUUAUUUUCAAGUGAUUUCUGUGAAUUAUUGAGUCAAGAUAUCCCAUUUUGUAAUUAUGAAAAUUCAACUAAUUUUUAUUCAAUAUAUGGAAAACCUACUCGUUUAGAUGAUAAUAGAGAUUAUUUAAAAAAUGGAAUUUAGGGUGUUGUAAGCAAAUUAGAUCAAUUCUUUAAAUAAAAUUAUUAUUAUGAAACAAAAGAAAUUGAUUAUUACCCAGACUUAUAAGUUGUUAUAGAAUUAUUUAAUACAAGAGAAUUUACUAACACUUUAAUUGAACAUUUUCUAGAUACCACAGAUGGUACCAACUUAUUUGUAGAUACUAUUCUUAAAUCAGUAUUAAAUAUUACUUAAAAUGAUCUUAAUUUGAUUUAUACAUAUUAUUUAGUUACUGGAUUGAUUCUAAUAUCAAUACAUUUUAUAUUUUAUGGUUGUUGGAUAUAUAAAACUAAUUAAAGAUUGAUACAAUUAAGAUUAAUCUUAACCAAUUUGCCAAUUGAAGUACUUACUGAGUAACAUACAUUAUCAUUACUCAAGAAAUUAUAAUGA